AUGCGCUUUCGCCGUCCCAAGCUCGAGGCCACCAAGUCGUCUGCUCAGCGCCCGCCUAUUCCACCUCCCAAGCUUGAGCUCGCCAAGCCGGUCCCGACGAUGCCGCCGCCUGCAACAUGGGGCUGGGGGCGCUUCAAGGCAAGGGUGUCAGCCAUUUUGCACCGAGACGCGCCCAGCUCGACGCUGCCCGCGCCCGGUUCGCCACCCGGCUACGCUAUCGGUGUUCUCCCCGACGAGGCCUUCUUCGAGAAGGUGGCGACGUACGAGGAAGAGUACCGCAACGUCAAGGUUUUCUGGUCCAUCCCCGAGUUCCAGAACCCCCAGCUCUGGGACCGCGGCAAGCUCUGUGGGUGGGAGUGGGGCCUCGCGCAGGGCUACGCUGACUGUGGCCAGCAGACGAGCGAGCUGGGUUCCGUCCUCUCAACCCUCGACUGGCACAAGGACGCAGUCGAGACGGCGUUGAAGACACUCGCGCGCUACCAGCCAGACUCGCCGAGCUGGAGCGUGAGCUCGAGUACGACGGACACGGCAUCGUUCCCAGGUUCGUACCCGUGGCCGGACGAGGAGGAGGAGUACGCCCCCGAGCCCGAGCCCCACGUGCGUGCAGCGGUCACAGACUACCUCAACGCCCAUUACGUCGCGCUGAGUGAGCUGAGGGACGAUGUGUCGCGCUGGCAGGCCGAGCUGCUCGCUGUCGUUGACAAGGUGUGA